CCUUCAGGGCUGGGAGUGAGGGAAGAGCCAAGGACCAGUCUCGCAAAUGAGACAGGAGAUUGAGCCAGACCUGAGAAGACUCAGGAAAACACGAAAGAUGUGUAUAGUCUAUACAAAGCAGACUUCAAUUGCUCAGGCCUAGAAUAGAGGGCCAAGGAGAAGACCCCAGGAAUCAGGUAGAAAAGUGGCCUUAAGAACAUUAGGACUAGGUUGGUUGGUUGGUGUGAUGGAGUUACGGUGUGAUGCUGUGGCAUUUGAAGGAUGGUAGGAUGGAGUAACCAAUAUAGCUGUGUAUGCCUGGAAGGCACCCAUGAGAAGGGCUAGAGAGUAAUCCUCUUGAUUUUCAUCCCUCUGGAAUAUGCAGCUUGGGGGCACCUUAAGGAAGAAUGUAGGGAGAGGUAGGCUGGGAUGUGGAUCCUUACCAGCCCUGUGUUCAGGCUGUGGUGUUCCUGCCAUCACACCUGUAUUGAGCUCCACCCAGAGGAUUGUCAAUGGGGAGAACGCAGUGCCUGGCUCCUGGCCCUGGCAGGUGUCUCUGCAGGAAAGCAAUGGCUACCACUUCUGUGGUGGUUCUCUCAUCAGCCCGAACUGGGUAGUCACUGCUACCCACUGCCAAGUCACUCCUGGACGACACUUUGUUGUUUUGGGAGAAUAUGACCGAUCUUCCAAUGCUGAGCCUGUGCAAGUGCUAUCCAUCUCGAAGGCCAUUUCACACCCUAAUUGGAACCCCACCAAUUUGAACAAUGACGUGACACUCCUGAAGCUCGCCUCACCAGCCCGGUACACAUCACGAAUCUCACCAGUCUGCCUGGCUUCCUCAAAUGAGGCACUACCUGCAGGCCUCACAUGUGUCACCACUGGCUGGGGCCGCACCAGUGGUGUGGGCAAUGUGACACCAGCACGUCUGCAGCAAGUAGUUCUACCCCUGGUCACUGUGAAUCAGUGUCGGCAGUAUUGGGGUUCAGAUAUUACUGAUUCCAUGAUCUGUGCAGGUGCCUCAGGUGCCUCUUCCUGUCAGGGUGACUCAGGAGGUCCUCUUGUCUGCCAGAAAGGAAACACAUGGGUGCUUACUGGUAUUGUUUCCUGGGGCACUAAGAACUGCAAUGUGCGAGCACCAGCAGUAUACGCUCGGGUUAGCAAGUUCAACACCUGGAUCAACCAGGUCAUGGCCAACAACUAAACUGUUCGAAAGAUCCUUUCCCCAUCUCAAUCCAAUAAAGACACCAGGCUCA